CAGAGUCUCUUUAUGGCAGAGCUCUCAAGACAACGUCUGUCUCUCCCUGUGUGAUAAAGUGGCAUGGUGUUAGCCUUUCAGCCAAGAAGAUUAAUUCUAGGGCAUGCAAUGCCUUCUUUCUGUGGGAAUAGACCAACAGCAUUACCCAUAAAAGCAGAAGCUCUGUAGCAAUGGUCUCUCAACUCCUGUGGCUCUUCUUGCUUUGUCUGAGCAGCGCACUGAAAAGAUCAGAAAGUUUGCAUUCCAACGCCAGUCUGAAGGGCUCCUUCCAAAUUCCCAACAUCACUGGUUUCUUCUCCUGGAAUAACUACAACCUGACAGACUGGCAGAGCUUUGUGGGGAAGAAGAGAUAUGGGGCAGAGUCUCAGAAUCCCAUGGUGAAAGCCCUGCUGAUCGUGGCGUACUCUUUUAUCAUCGUUUUCUCGCUUUUCGGGAAUGUCCUGGUCUGUCACGUGGUCAUCAAAAACAAACGAAUGCAUUCUGCAACCAGCUUGUUUAUAGUCAACCUGGCCGUGGCUGAUAUACUCAUCACUCUGCUCAACACCCCAUUCACAUUGGCCCGUUUUGUGAACAGCACCUGGAUGUUUGGUAAGGGCAUGUGCCAUGUGAGCCGCUUUGCCCAGUACUGCUCCCUGCACGUCUCUGCCUUAACCUUAACGGCCAUCGCAGUGGACAGACACCAGGUGAUUAUGCACCCUCUAAAGCCGCGUAUAUCCACCGUUAAAGGAGUGGCCUACAUUGCCAUCAUUUGGAUCAUGGCGACCUGUUUCUCCUUACCCCAUGCAAUCUACCAGAAGCUCUUCACUUUUAAAUACAGUGAGGAAAACAUCCGAAGCUUGUGUCUCCCCGACUUCCCAGAACCCUCUGACCUCUUCUGGAAAUAUCUUGAUCUGGCGACAUUCAUCCUGCUGUAUGUCCUGCCUCUGCUGAUAAUCUCAGUGGCGUAUACAACAGUGGCCAAAAAGUUGUGGCUUCGAAAUGCCAUAGGGGAUGUGACAACAGAGCAAUAUUUUGCCCUCCGCCGGAAAAAGAAGAAGACCAUUAAGAUGCUGAUGUUGGUGGUGGUCCUCUUUGCGGUCUGCUGGUUUCCUUUGAACUGUUACGUUGUCCUUCUCUCCAGUCAAACCAUCCGCACUAACAAUGCCCUGUACUUCGCAUUUCACUGGUUUGCAAUGAGCAGCACUUGUUAUAACCCGUUUAUAUACUGUUGGCUUAAUGACAAUUUCAGAUCAGAACUGAAAGCCUUGCUCAACAUGUGCAAGAAGCAGAAUGGGCCAAGCGAGCAUAUGCUGCCCUCCAGCGUCCCUUCUUAUCGAGUAGCUUGGCCUGAAAACAGGAGCUUUAAGAGGUCUCUGGUCUCUCACACCCUUCCAUCAUCUUCAAAUAUACAAUCUGGGAAGACGGAUAUCUCUGCGGUAGAGCCCAUUGUAUCUGUUGGCUGAUGUUGAAGGUGUGACCCCUACACUUCACUAGACUGUGCUGCUGAGAGUUACAUGUGUUCUCAUAGGCAGGAGACCUCACAGAGUCAAACAACAAACAACGGUUUUGAGUAAAAUAUAGGGGCUGCACAAAUACGGGCACUUGUGGUUUGUGAGAAAGGAAUCGGUACCUAGAACUUAACUUCAUAACGUCAUGAGCAACAAAAGGAGAUGAACCACAGACUGAUACCAACUGAACUAUUAUGCUACUCACUUAGCUUUACUGUGGUUAUUUACACCAUACUUGUUCUUCAUUUCGGAAUAAAUUUCAGCUUCUCAGCCGUGAGACCUGUGCAGGCAGGGUUCGAAUUUGCCAAAUUUAGUAAAGCAGCCAUUAAGCCUUUAGCUUUGCUUAGUCUAGUUAGUAUCCUCACAAUAAUAGAAUGUUCUUUUUUAUUCUUGUUACCAUACUAUGUACAACAGAGCUUUUCAUCUCUGUGACCUUUCCCAAGCGGUCUGUCUCCAAUUUCUGCCUGAUUAUUUUAAUAAUCUAGUUAGAGCUCCUAGAGAUAAUGUACAAAGUCCAUCGGCAUGGUAAGCAGGGGAGCUAUUGAACUUGGGCUGAUGAAAAACCUUUUUGCUUUUUAUGGCUCUGGAAGAACAUUUAAUUGUGUUUGCCGAUCUUUAUUGUUCCAUCAGGGUAUGGGCAGUAUAUUCACAUAGGCUCUUAGCAUCCAUAGGCACCUAUCUUUUUCCUUCUGUAUCACAGUAACUGCAUUUUAGAGCUCAAUACAUGAUUUCAUGAAUGUGAAGACAUCUGCAAUCUAAUGGGCAAUAUAAUAGUACUGUUAGAAAGAAGGGAAUUGGCCAUGAUUGAAUUUGUAGCGUAAUUUCUAUUGAUUUAAAAUGGCAAAUGUACAAGCAUUCUGCAUCAGAUACAAAGUGGCCCUGAAUACAUGUAAUAAUGAUAUAAAA